AUGGCCCUCAGUCCCGGGCACCCCUUAGAUGGGGAAAGGGUGCGAAGAAUCCCCCGGUUACCCAAUAAAAACAAAAAUGAUUUUAAGAUUCACAAGGAAAAAAGAAUUGGCACAUGGAAUGUGAAAAGUAUGUAUCAACCUGGAAAAGCAGCGAACAUAAUAAAAGAAGCAAAACGACUUCAAAUCGACAUACUAGGAUGCAGUGAAACAAGAUGGCCAAAUUCAGGUCAAUGCACCAUUAAUGAACAUCACAUAUACUUUUCCGGAGACAAUACUACCAAAAACAAAAAUGGCGUAGCAGUAAUUCUAAAUGACCAAUCCAACAAAUGUGUAAAAGGAUUUAUCCCCAUUUCAAGCAGAGUAGCAUUGGUCAAAAUCAAAUCAAACCCUUUCGACACAAAUAUCAUACAAGUAUACGCACCAACAGCUAACAGUAAUGAACAAGAAAUCGAAGAAUUUUAUGAAGAAAUAAGAAUAGCAACUAAACAUACGAAGAAAGAAGAAGUUAACAUCAUCUUAGGCGACAUGAAUGCCAAAAUUGGGCUGGGAAAAAUAGAAGAUGUGGUAGGAGAUUUCGGACUAGGAACAAGAAACGAAAGGGGUGAACGUUUAAUAGAAUUUUGUCAAGAAAUGAACUUCACCAUUAUGAAUACCUUCUUCAAACUACCUCCCAGAAGGCUAUAUACCUGGAGAGCUCCUACAGACAGCAACGACAGAAUCGUAAGAAACCAGAUUGAUUUUAUAAUGAUAAACAAAAAAUACCGAAACGCAGUAACUUCUUGCAAAACAUACCCAGGAGCAGACAUACCAUCGGACCACAACCUAUUACUAGCACGUACUAAACUCCGACUAAAGAAGGUUGGCAAAGGAAGACCAUUACGAGGAGCUGACAUGCAAAAACUAAAACAACAUACCGUGUUUCAACAAACAAAGGACAGGAUAAAUACUGAACUCAAAACAAUUUCCGAAAAAAACGCAUCUGACCUGGAACUAGAAGAUUUAUGGGACAAAAUAAAGUCAUCGUUAACAUCUGUUGCGGAAAAAGAACUAAAACCCGACAAAAGAAUUAAAAAACAGGAAUGGAUGACAAAUACAAUUCUCGAACUGAUGGAAGAAAGAAGACAACAUCGGAACAAGAAUAAUGAUAAAUAUAAAGAGCUACACAGAAGAAUAUUACACGCAAUCAAAGAGGCUAAAGAGAGAUGGAUGCAGGAGAAAUGUGACGAAAUGGAGAUUCUACAAGCCAAACAUGACACUUUUAACCUACACAAAAAAAAUCAAAGAAACAACAGGAACACAGAGAAGGAAAAUUAA